AGUUUCGCUUCAAAAUUCAAAAUUAAACAAAUUUUCUGACAACUACGAAAGGAAGCCGGAAUAGGAAAAUAUGCGUAUAAAUACUGCAUUAUUUGCUAAAGCUAAUGCCCAACCCAAAUAUGAUAACUACAAUGUAAAAAAGUACAUCCCGGCCAAGCCCUUGGGAGUUCCGGCAGAUGAGCCUAAAAAGCCCUCCCUUACAAACAAUUUCUUUACCAAUGGGCGUUCAUCGAGGGGUCGCUUUUCAUUAGGUCGAAAAAUGAGUUUGAAAUCGAGGAUUAAUAAAUCAAACCAAAUAUCAGCUAAAGCCACGGGUCAACAUCAUGAUGGUGGAGCUUUCACCACAAAUUGCUUGGCUAUGGCGGAAAUAAAACAGAUCUUGCUGGAUUCCAGAAAUCGAGAGCUUAAGAACUAUUAUAGGAAAAUGAUGGCCGAUGAAAGAUCCAGAGCAGUGCAAUAUUUGCUCAACCAAUGUCCCUGCUGUGGCUUUCAAAAGCCAGAUCGGAAGCAUGAAAGGGAUAUCUCCAAAAAUAUUUAUUGUUGGGGAGCUGAACAAAUGAGCAGAUCGGAACGUUUGCCACGCCGAGUCGCUACUUAGACACCGUCAAGAGGUGGUGC